GGCAGCUACAAAAUGGAGUCAGCAUUGGGAACCAGACAGGCCAUCAGCUGGAAGCGAAGAGGAACUAGAUGGGGCCGGAGAACCCAAAAGGGAUCAGGAGAAGGAUCAGGAGGGGACUGUGUGGAACGAGGGGGUUCAGCAUGGGCCUCCAGAUCGGGCAUGGAUUGGGGGAUCUCAGCAUGGGGAGCUGGAAGAGGCGGCCAAGAUGGCGGAAGGCCAGCAGUUGGAAGAUGUGAAGGAACAGGAAGGAGAAGCAGAGGUGGUUGAGGAACAGCUGUGGGAGCCAGAUGUGGUGGCAGCAAAGGAAGGAAUUCAGCCCUCGAUGUCGGGCUGGGCAGAGACUGUGGAAGACCAGGAGGAGGGGAUGCUAGGAAGGGGAGAAAGGGUUAGGAGAUGCCCUGAGUGGGAGCAAAAAGGGGAACUGGAAGAGGCAGGAAGGAUUGAAAGGAGUCAGGAGAGGAAGCAGGAGGAAACUUUGUGGAAUGAAGGGGCUCCAGACCAGAUACUGUUUGUGGAGGAAGAGCAGAAAGGUCCAGAGGGGUCAGCAUGGACUGGGGGGGUUCAGCAUGGGGGACUGGAGGCCGAAGGCAGAAUGGUGGAGGCUGAGAAAGAACAGGAUGAAGAAGCAGAGGAGGACCACCAGGAGGAACCAAAUAUAGUGGCUGUAAAGGAAGAAAUUCAGGAAGUGAUGCUGCUGGAAGACCAGGAGGAGGAGAUGCCAGGAGGGGAAGAAAAGGUUGGGAGAAGCCCUGAGUCGGAGCCCAAGGGGGAACUAGAAGAGGCAGCCGCAGGAGGGACCGAAGGGGAUCAGGAACUGGAGGAAACUUUGAGGAAUGAAGGGACUCCAGAUCAGGAACAGCAGGGAGGACAAGAGGAGGCAGCGUGGACUGGGGGGCUUCAGCAUGGGGGACUGUUGGAUGAAGCCAAGAUGGUGGAAGGUCAGCCGUUGGAGGCUGAGAAGGAACAGGAGGGAGAAGUAGAGGCAGAAGAGAAGCCAGAUAUGGUGGCAGCAAAGGAAGGAAUUCAGCCCUCGAUGCCGGGCUGGGCAGAGACUGUGGAAGACCAGGUGGAGGGGAUGCUAGGAAGGGGAGAAAGGGUUAGGAGAAGCCUUGAGUGGGAGCAAAAAGGGGAACUGGAAGAGGCAGGAAGGAUCGAAGGGAGUCAGGAGAAGAAGCAGGGGGAAACUUUGUGGAAUGAAGGGGCUCCAGACCAGAUACUGUUUGUGGAGGAAGAGCAGAAAGGUGCAGAGGGAUCAGCAUGGACUGAGGGAUUUCAGGAUGGGGGACUGGAGGCCGAAGGCAGAAUGGUGGAGGCUGAGAAGGAGCAGGAUAAAGAACCAGAGGAGGACCAACAGGAGGAACCAAAUAUGGUGGCUGUAAAGGAAGAAAUUCAGGAAGUGAUGCUGCUGGAAGACCAGGAGGAGGAGAUGCCAGGAGGGGAAGAAAAGGUUGGGAGAAGCCCUGAGUCGGAGCCCAAGGGGGAACUAAAAGAGGCAGUUGCAAGAGGCACCGAAGGGGAUCAGGAACUGGAGGAAACUUUGAGGAAUGAAGGGACUCCAGAUCAGGAACAGCAGGGAGGACUAGAGGAGGCAGCGUGGACUGGGGGGCUUCAGCAUGGGGGACUGUUGGAUGAAGCCAAGAUGGUGGAAGGCCAGCCGUUGGAGGCUGAGAAGGAACAGGAGGGAGAAGUAGAGGUGGUUGAGGACCAGCACGGGGAGCCAGAUAUGGCGGCAGCAAAGGAAGGAAUUCAGCCCUCGAUGCUGGGCUGGGCAGAGACUGUGGAAGUCCAGGAGGAAGGGAUGCUAGGAGGGGGAGAAAGGGUUAGGAGAAGUCCUGAGUGGGAGCCAAAAGGGGAACUGGAAGAGGCAGGAAGGUGCGAAAGGAGUCAGGAGAGGGAGCAGGAGGACCAGAUACUGUUUGUGGGGGAAGAGCAGAAAGGUCCAGAGGGGUCAGCAUGGACUGAGGGAUUUCAGCAUUGUGGACUGGAGGCCGAAGCCAGAAUGGUGGAGGCUGAGAAGGACCAGAACGAAGAAGCGAAGGAGGACCGCCAGGAGGAACCAAAUACGGUGGCCGUAAAGGAAGAAAUUCAGGAAGUGAUGCUGGUGGAAGACCAGGAGGAGGAGAUGCUAGGAGGGGAAGGAAAGGUUGGGAGAAGCCCUGAGUGGGAGCCCAAGGGGGAACUAGAAGAGGCAGCCGCAGGAGGGACCGAAGGGGAUCAGGAGAGGGAGAUGGAGGAAGCUUUGUGGAAAGAGGAAGUUCAGCAAAGGGCAUCAGAUCAGGCCCAGCCCGAAACAGAGGCAGAUGAGGACCAGCAGGGGGAGCCAGUGGCAAAGGAAGGGAUUCUUCAAGCAGUGCUGGGUGGGGCAGAGGCUGAAGAAGACCAGGAGAGGGUGCUAGAAGGAGAAGAACAACUGAGGGGAAGCCAUCAGUGGGAGUCCAAGGAACCGGUGACUUCAGAAAACCAGGAUGUGGAGCCACAGGGAGUAGCAGAAAACAGAAAGGGUCAGCAAGGAGAACUGGCAGAGGCAGAAGAGACCGAAGGAGACCAGCAGAGGGAGCCAGAGGAUCCUGUGAGGAAUGGGGCAGAGGCUAAAGAGGGAGACCAAGAGGAAGAAACAGGAGAAGAAUGCCUAGUAGAGAGUGACCAGGAGGAAGCGUUACAGAGGCUGGCAGAAGCUAGUGGGCUUGACGAAGGAGUGCUGGAAGCUACCAGGGACAAGUCACAGCUGUCGGAGGAGACAGAGAGGAGGCUGCCAGAAGAAUCCGUGGGGUACAGUGCCUCUGUCAAUAUGCCUCCCCUCACUGGGCCCAGAACCUUCCCGGCUGAGGCCACACCCCUGGACACGAGUGCCCAGAAGGAACGGGUGCUGUUACGUCGUAAGAGCUCCAUCCGCCGGGCGCCCAGCUUGAAGAGACCGAAGCUACAGGAGACAAACGUCGCUGAGACCCAACCACAGGAGACCGUCGCUGAGGAAACUCCAUCUCAACCCCAAGCACCACGCAGGCCAAACCUGAGGCAUGCUGGGUUUGGGCCUGUGCAUCCCAACAUGAUGGCCGAACUGCAGACACGCCUCCGCAAGCCCCAGUGACCCCAAGUUCAGAGGGGUUUGUGGGAUGAUGAACUUGCAAACUGUCUGCUCUAUCCCAGAUCAAGCCACCAUGAUCAAGAAUUGUAGCAAUCAAAAUGGGAAGGCUUGUGCGAUAGAAGCACAUAAAUUAUUGCAUUACCUUUCAGAGUAAAGAAGUGUGAGUUUUCCCACCCUGGCAAGAUCCCCCCAAAUAAGAGAGCAAUCUGGGGGAGGGUGUGUGUCUGUGUGUGUGUCUGUGUUUGAACAGGGAUGUGAUUGAAUAGUGCUUGUGUGUGCUGUGUGUUCACAACCCCCGCAGCAGAAGGCCGUCUCUUGUGGUCGCAUACAUAGGAAUCUUGACACGUGGCAAAAUUGAUUUACCCUAGAACUUGCAUGUAAAUUAGGGGUGGAAAAGCCUGUUCCCAAGGCCUUAGCUGUGGCCUCCACUGGUGCCUUGCCACUGCUGAAUUCUCCCUGCUGAUUUUCAGCCCCCAAUUUCCCCACCGCUGCCACUUUUCUCCCAAUCUCCAGAAAUCCUCCUUCCAAGAUCGCCCACCCACCCAAUCCAGAAAACAUUAGAAUGCAAUGAAUUGUUAAAGGCAUUUGUUUGGAUUUUCCAUAAAAACUGAGCGAACACAUGAUGUCCAUUCUAAACUGGUAAAUAGGUAGUGUGGAAGCAAUGCACACACACACACACACACACACACACACACGUUUGGAAGGCUUUGAUCUCUUUGUCUGCCCUCUUGAAGGAGUCGUUUUCAGAAUGGCCCUUUCAACCAGGAAAUUCUGGUGACAGAUAAGUUGAUAUUUUCCAUGCUUUAAGACAACUUGCUAAAUGGUAUCCAUGCCAAAGGAAUUCACUCCUUUUUUUUGGGACGAACAAAUGGUUAUCUCUGGAUUUCAUACUAAGGUUACUGACUCCCCCUUCGCAUCUUAUGCCACCCACCCCACCUUUUAUCUCAUUCUGUAUCCUAUAAGGAUUUAGUGAGGCAAAGGGCUCCUGGAGGCAGGGGAAUCAUUCAUCUUCAACUGGUUCCAAAAAGAUAACAACCAUCAUUUUUGUUCUCCUGGCCUUGAACUUGAAAUGUUUAUUUCUGCUGUACCUGUUUUAUUCGUAUGUAAAGGCUGAUUUUAUUUUAUUUUGUUUUUAAUUGUUGGGCUGUGAACUUUUAAUUGGUUUAGUCGUUGUAGUCCAAGACAUCAAGAGGCCACUGGCUUGGGAAGUCUGGUUCAGGAUAUUCAAGAGUCUGGUUUUGGAACAGAUUAAUUGUACUGUCUUUUAUUAUUUUGCCUGGCAAGCUUCUGCUAAAAGGCGGCCUAGAAAUCAUUUAAAUAAAUCAAUAAAAUAAAA